CGGCUGGAGGCUCGGGUUUAUCUGGAAGCAAAGAGAAAGCCAUUCAGGGGCUGCACGCCGUCAGGUGAAGAGAGCUCCGUUGUGGAGGCUGAGGGAGGGGGUUAAGCAAUCCAGGACCUGGAACAGAAUAUCUGACCUUUUCUGCAGAGCCUGGGAUUUGUGAGGACAGACAGGGAACUAUGGCGGUGUCCUCUGCUGUUUGGGUGCUCGUGCUGUGCCAGCUUUUAACAUCAGCUACAGCCCAGAGAGCAGGCCCCAGAGGAGCCCCCGGGCCACCUGGAGCCCCUGGGUCAGCAGGAAGAGAUGGCACUGACGGUAAACCUGGACCUGCUGGACUGCCAGGGAAAUCAGGUCCAAAAGGAAAAGCAGGAAUACCAGGACAAGCAGGAAAAGCAGGCCUACCUGGUCUUCCAGGGAUCGAUGGUUUGACCGGUCCUGAUGGUCUUGCUGGGAAAGAUGGACCCCCAGGAGAACAGGGUGAAUCGGGACCUCCUGGGCCGCCUGGACCUCCUGGCAGAGGGAGACCAGGAGCUCCAGGACUACAAGGAACCAAUGGCGCGCCUGGUGGAUUCGGACCCCAAGGUCCACCGGGUCCUGAGGGUCUCCCAGGACUUCCUGGACCUCCUGGCCCUGACGGACCCCCAGGGCUUCCUGGUUCUCUUCAAGAUCUUAGCGGUGACCUUCUGUGUCCUGCAAUCUGCCCCCCUGGUCCCCCUGGUCCUCCUGGGAUGCCAGGAUUCAAGGGACACACAGGGCACAAGGGAGAUAAGGGAGAGCUUGGGAAAGAUGGAGAGAAGGGAGAUCUUGGUCCAACAGGACCAGCAGGUAUUCCUGGCACUGUCGGUCUUCAGGGUCCACGUGGUUUGAGAGGUUUACAAGGCCCAAUUGGAGCUGGAGGCGACAGAGGAUUCCCAGGUUUCAGAGGCAAGCCUGGCAUAACUGGCAUCAUUGGAAAGACAGGUGAUUCUGGAGAAAAAGGGCCACAGGGGUUUAAAGGACCCAAAGGAGAAAUUGGUAAAAUUGGGCCCAAAGGAGUGCUUGGCGGAGCAGGACCCAAAGGAGAGCCUGGUAUUCCUGGUAGAGACGGCAAAGACGGAACACCGGGGUUGGACGGUGAGAAGGGUGAUGCUGGUCGCCAUGGAAUAGUUGGAGAGAAAGGACCAAAUGGACUUCCUGGUCUGCCAGGAAAGGCUGGUUCAAAGGGAUCUACAGGAGGAGUUGGUGAUCCAGGGAAGUCUGGGGAGAGGGGACCUUCUGGAGAGCCAGGUAUUCCUGGUGAUAUUGGCAUCCCGGGAGAGAGGGGCAUAGCAGGUCCAAGAGGAGUGGCGGGAGGUGUUGGAUCGGUCGGCAACUCUGGGCCUCAAGGAGUGAAGGGUUUCCAGGGAGUCAAAGGUGCUUUGGGUGAUCUAGGUCUUCCAGGACCGACAGGACUUCGUGGAGAGUUUGGUGAAAGGGGUCCAGUUGGAGUUUCUGGACCUAAAGGAGACAUGGGUGUGGCAGGAAGUGAUGGUUUACCAGGAGAGAACGGAGAGCCUGGACCUUUCGGGCCAGUUGGACAAAAAGGAGAGUCAGGAAAGCGAGGUGAACUGGGCCCAAAGGGUGUGACAGGUCCACAAGGAGAGCUUGGGUCAAGAGGGCCUCCAGGAAAAGAAGGGCCAAUGGGCUUCCAAGGCGAACAGGGUCAGCCGGGCAUCGCAGGAAAGACAGGUGUUCCCGGUAAAUUGGCAAGUGAGCAGCACAUCAGAGAGCUGUGUGGAUCUAUGAUUGAUGAUCAGAUUACUCAGCUGGCCGCUAACCUGCGAAGACCCUUGGCACCUGGAAUGGUGGGCCGCCCCGGCCCCUCUGGCCUGCCUGGAAAGCCAGGAACUGCUGGCACUAUUGGGCAUCCGGGGGCACGAGGACCACCCGGGUACAGAGGGCUGCCAGGAGAACUUGGAGAUCCAGGUCCAAGAGGUGAUGUUGGUGAGCAGGGUGAUAAGGGACCCACUGGCAAAGCCAUUGACGGUCCCCGUGGAGACCAAGGAUACCAAGGACUUCCGGGAGUACCUGGAAUUGUCAAAGAUGGUCGUGAUGGAUCUCUAGGAGAUCCAGGUGAGCCUGGAGAGUCAGGCAGGGUAGGAAGGACAGGGCACCAGGGACCACCCGGGAUCUGUGACACAGCAGCCUGCCAGGGAGCAUCAGCGGCUGGGAAAUCCUCAAACCCCAAAAACCAUUAAACAUGACUUACAGCCUAAAGCCUUCCACUCCGAGGAAGGAGAAUGGCACACGAGGAGGGAGGGAAUGAAAGAAGUGAACGAUUAAAAAGAGAAAAAGUUCUCUUUAUUUAAAUACAUAUAUCACAAGAUGGGAAGAGUAACAUCAGCAGGUGUGACAUUUUGAGAGGACUGAAGGAACAUCCCAGGAGUGACAUGAACACCAAACCAACUGAGAGACAAAAAAACAUAGAUAACACAAAUGGAAAAGUGCAAGACAACAACUGCACUGAUCCCAAUAGCAUCACAUAAGACUUGACCUCCUAACAGUUGGAAUGAGUAACGAGUCCUUUGUGCAUAAAACUUUGUACAUGUUGCUUCGGUGACAUCCUUGUGGCAGACAACACACUAAAGGCAACUGUGACUGUCUGAUGUGAAUGUGCACGAGUGUAAAUCACAGGUGUUACCUCAACAUACAACCUUGUAGUAUAAAAUAUGGAAACAAGUGCCGGAAGUAAAAAGACUGUGCUGAGGAGCUGUGUAUGUACUGUAAAAAAGUAAUAAAAGUGGAUACCCAGCUGCCUGGAAAUUGUGUAGAUUAAUGCAAAACCAAAAUCUUUUGAUAGCCUCUUUUUUUUUUUUUUUUUUUUUUUUUUUUACACAGCUUUUUUAAAUUACGUGUUAAGUUUAUCCACAAACAGGAUAAAACUUGCAUAAAUCAGACCUGUAAAAUAAAUAAAGAUUAAAAGGCUCAGUCGCUUUUUAAAAGUUCUUAUUUUCCCACCUGCAAUGACCACAUCCACUUUGUACUACCAAUGCUGUAACUAUUAAAUAUACAUGACUUUAAAUAGUAUUUAUUUUUUGUGGGUGACUGUUGUAUGUACAGUAAGAUGCUACAGCGACAUGUUGUAAGAAAGAACAAAUAAAGCCACUUUUCAGUAAAACAUUACUCUUUUCUACAUAUCAAAUGAACAAUGCACUUCAGAAUAACAACAUUCUCUGAAACACUAUGACAUUAAACAACCCCUUUAAUCCACAAAACAGCUACAUUUAUUUAAAAUGUUAAAAUAUAUAAAAGAAGAAGAGAUGUAAGGAAGUAAUGGGCUUAAGAAUAUUCUAAAUACCCAAGUAAACGUUGAAAUCAAGUCUAGAUAUGAAAUACAGAUAUAUUGAAAGAUCAGGAGUCUGGUCGUUAAAGCACCAUUUCAUGUUUUUUAAAAGGAAGCAGUGGCACCUGUACACCAAAGGUCAUUCUUUUGUCUGUUUUUAUUUAAAGUUGUGUACAUCUGGUAGAAUAAAUGGUGUAGCAGUUCAAAUAUAACCUCAAGAUGGUGUGUGUGAUCUUCAGAUUCAAUGGCUACAAUAUCUGAGGGUGGCAUUUCCAAUUAUGUUCUAUUUCAAAGAUCAUUGCAAUGUUAAUAAAACAGUUUUGUCUAUUGAAAA